AUGUCCAAACUUAAAAAAUGGUGCGAGACUCUUAUUGAGCUUCUAGAUUACGGAACAACUCCGACCCAUGAGCCCCUUGGCCAGAUCACGGACGGUUUCCUCAAAGUACGGGGUAAGAUCACGAAAGGUCUUCUCGGUGUCCCAUUCGACCCUAAACGGAGUCGCAUUAGUCAACACGACAGGCGGAUUAGAGACAUGUUCACCAUAAAAAUAACAGCAUACUUUGACACGGACGAGGAACUGCCGCUUGAGGAGGUUUACUGUCUUCCUCUGUUCGGAAUACAGCCUAUAUUGUCUCUAUUGGAGGCGCGAGCUUGGCUUCUCAAACGAAUGGAAUAUACUGGGCUGCUGCUGCUGGAGACUGGACGAAGAACUGGCGAAUUCAGACGCUGCGGAAUGUUUGAAACUCGUCCGGCAGGAACAAAGCUACUGGAGAAAGCACUGCAAACUACCAGCGAAAAUGCUGCAAGCUCUGGGAUUCCAUUUGAGAAGACCAAAGAUGGAAAUCUAUUUGUCCUCACUAUUGUCUGA